UCGGGGCAUCAUGUCGCUUGCACACACAGCUGCAGAGUACAUGCUCUCAGAUGCCCUGCUACCCGACCGCAGGGGCCCCCACCUCAAAGGACUGCGCCUGGAACUGCCCCUGGACCGCAUGGUCAAGUUCAUAGCCGUGGGCUUCCCCUUGUUGCUGAUGUCACUGGCAUUUGCCCAGGAGUUCUCCUCUGGGUCUCCCAUCAGCUGCUUCUGUCCCAGUAACUUCAGCAUCCGGCAGGCUGCCUACGUGGACAGUUCCUGUUGGGACUCACUGGUUCACCACAAACAGGAUGAGUCUGGCCAGCACAGGACGAAAUCCCUCUGGCCUCACAAGGCCCUCCCCUACUCCCUGCUGGCCCUGGCCGUGGCCAUGUACCUGCCGGUUCUGCUGUGGCAGUAUGCAGCCGUGCCGGCCCUCAGCUCAGAUCUGCUGUUCAUCAUCAGCGAACUGGACAAAUCCUACAAUCGCGCCAUCCGCCUGGUGCAGCACAUGCUGAAGAUCCGGCAGGAGGGCUCGGACCCGCACGCGUUCUGGGAUGAGCUGGAGAAGGCUCGGAAAGAACGAUACUUUGAAUUCCCCUUGCUAGAGCGGUACCUGGCCUGUAAGCAGCGCUCACACUCACUAGUGGCCGCCUACCUCCUGAGGAACUCCCUCUUGCUCUUCUUCACCUCAGCCACCUACCUAUACCUUGGCCACUUCCACCUGGAUGUCUUCUUCCAAGAGGAAUUCAGCUGUUCCAUGAAGACAGGGCUGCUACAUGAUGAGACCCACAUCCCCGAUCUGAUCACGUGCAGGCUGACCUCUCUGUCUGUUUUCCAGAUUGUUAGUCUCUCCAGUGUAGCAAUAUACACCCUGUUGGUUCCAGUGGUAAUAUACAACCUCAUGCGGCUGUGUCGGUGGGACAAACGGCUCCUAUCCGUCUAUGAGAUGCUCCCGGCUUUUGACCUCCUCAGCAGAAAGAUGCUGGGAUGUCCCAUCAAUGAUCUCAAUGUGAUCCUUCUUUUCCUCCGAGCCAACGUCUCUGAGCUCAUCUCUUUUAGCUGGUUGAGUGUCCUUUGUGUGCUGAAGGACACAACCACCCAGAAGCACAACAUUGACACAGUGGUUGAUUUCAUGACGUUAUUGGCUGGCUUAGAACCCUCAAAACCUAAACAUCUCACCCACGGGAUGUGUGAUGAAAAUCCGUAGUUAAGAAACCAUGAAGCAAGAAAUUUUAUGGAAAGUAAAAAUCUCUCCCCUUCUUCACAAGUCUCACGCACUAAUAUACAAAAACACCCACUUUAGGAUUGCUAAACUUGCAUUUAGCUGAAUCGAACAUCCUGUAUUAUGCUAUGCCAAAGGUGAGAAGAUAUAAUCAAUACAUGGAAACAAAUCUGAAAGUUGGAGCUGAUGAGUCCAAAAGCUAAAAAAAAAUAGAUCUAGAGCUUAAUAUGAAGACAGAAGAAAAACUAAGACUAAAAUUAAAAUCUAGGGACUUCCCUGGUGGUCCAGUGGUUAAGACUCUGCACUCCCAAUGCAGGCGGCAUGGGUUUGAUCCCUGGUCGGGGAACUAAGAUCCCUCAUGCUGCACAGCAUGACCAAAAAAUAAAAAAUUUAAAAAUAAAAGUUACCAUUAUUUUAAAAAAUUCAAAAAAAAUAUUAAAGUCUAGACAUUGUACAAAGGGAGAGGUUUCUACAGGCUAUUAAAUGGAGGUAGUUUCUUCUCACUCCAUUUACGCCUUUGUAGGAUACACGCUCAGUUUAGAGCAAGUGGGGUAAUCUGGUAAGAGAAUAAAGAUAUGAAAUCCCUGGGAACCCUGUGGUGUGGACUCAAACCCCAGCUUGUCUUGUGGAACUCACCAACCUUGCCCAGGUAUCCUGUGGCCUGCAAGAUGGGCCAAGAGAUGCUGAUGGCAGGAAUUUGCCGUCUGCUCUUGGGGCUUAAGGACAGCAUAGAACAAGGCCAGGGCCAUGCAUCAGCUGUGGGUGGAGCCUUGAGGUGUACAGAUACACUUUUUCAUUGUGUAAACCAGGGACUCACUUCACCAAGGGCUGGGAUUAUGGGCUGCAGACUCUGUAAUUCUUGAUGGGCCCAGAUAUGCUUCUAAUACCCCAGGGGAUGCUCUACCUCCACUUACAGCCAAUCACUGAUAGCAACCAUUUAGAACUAAACAGGAUAAAUAGUAAAGUGCUGUUGGGCCCCAACUCUCUCUUACUCAUCUUAGCUUCUAACUCCCAUUGCUAUGUUUGGAACCUUGAUCUGACUCCAAAGGCCAUGCUCGGACCACAAUACCUUGCUGUCUCUCAUUUGCUAUUUGUAGAGCUGCACAUUAUGUAUUUCUUCAGAGAAUUUUUGCAUAAGUCAUUUCGACCCCUCUUCAUAUAGAUAAGUAGAAAAGUUAGACAAAUUCAGAUAAGUUUACCUAAAACAAGCAAAGGGGUCGAUAUACCGACAUUCAUCAAUGGCUUCCUGUUGUCACUCGGUAAAAGCCUCAGUCUUCAGUUGGUACACAAGACCUUCACAAUCCAAAUCCUGCCUGCUCCUCAGUCUCUCCUCUUGCCUCUGUCCACAUACACCUUCCACUCUGAUCAACAACUUGCAGUUCCCACGCUUCUCAUGAUGCUGAGCCUGUGAAUAUGCUGUCCCCACUGCCCAGGAUGCCCUCCUCUGUUCUGCACUGGGCCAACUGCUAGCUCCCCUUCAAAAUCUCCCCAGGCACAUUUCCUUCAAGAAGCCUUCCCAAUCUCCUCUUUCCUUCCCUAACUAGGUGCUGCUAUGUCAUCCAAUACCUACCUCUGAGAUAAAACUUAUUACACUUAAUAAUAUUAAUAUAGCCCAUGUAUUUGUCUUUUCCUCUUAAAUAAGUUUCCUAAAGGCUGUGUCAUCAUAGGCACUAAUAAAUAAAUAUUCUUCGGAAUACAUAGUGAAUAGUUGCUCAGGAACAUUACAUUGUCUGGAGAACACAGAACCAGCCACUAAAAUACCCUGUAUUGAAAAAGCUUUGUACACAAACAUGCCCUUCACAGCAAUUGAUGAGCAAAAAGUCAAACAUGGAUGUAAAUAAUUAUGUAAAAUUAUUAAGCCAUAACUGGAACAUUAAGCAGUCAUUUAAAUAACAUUUCUAAAGAACUUAUAAUAGCACUACAAAAUGACUAUGAUAAUGGUAAGUGAACAAAAGAGGAAACAUCAUGUUCGGUAUGAUCUAACCUAUAUAAAAUGCAUUAAAAUAUUAAACAUACAAACUACUACAUAUAAAAUAAGCAACAAGGAUAUAUUGUCUAGCACAGGGAAUCACAGCCAUUAUCUUGUAAUAACUUUUAAUGGAGUAUAA